GCUAAGAGGCUACCCACAAUCCUGCAGGUGCCCAAGGACUUCUGCUGUAUAACAGCAGAAUGGAGUUACAAAUUAUAUAUUUGCAUUGAGGAUGAGAAGUCUUAGAUGUUCCUGGAGCUUUGUGACACCCCUGAUCAUCAUCCUCACGCCACUGUCACUUCUACCGCUGCCUCUGGUUAUCAAGACAAAGGAAGCAGAAUGUGCUUAUAUUCUCAUUCUCAUGGCUGUGUACUGGAUGACAGAGGUCCUGCCUCUGUCAAUUACGGCCCUUCUGCCAGCUCUUCUUUUCCCUUUGUUUGGGAUCAUGAAGUCUUCUCAGGUCGCCUCUGUGUAUUUCAAAGACUUCCAUUUGUUGCUGCUUGGGGUCAUCUGCCUAGCAACAGCCAUUGAGAAGUGGGGUCUUCACCGCAGAAUUGCUCUCAGAUUGGUGACCGCGGUCGGAGUCAACCCUGGCAAGUUGAUGCUGGGGUUCAUGGUGGGCUGUGCUUUUCUCUCAAUGUGGUUGAGCAACACAUCAACUGUGGCGAUGGUGAUGCCGAUUGUGGAAGCUGUGAUACAGCAGGUUUUGAGCGCAGGAGACGAGCCCAGCAAAGACCACAAGGGGGCGUUGAAUGGCAUCUCCAACCCUGCUCUACAGCUUGAAGAUAUAGAGGCCCAGCAUGACCAGCCUGAGAAUAUGAAAAGCAUUGAAGCAGGAGUUAUAGAGUCAGUUCAGACAGCCCCUGAGGAACCUGAAACUAAAGCACCGGCUCUGCCGUCAAACGGAAAGUACAAGACCCGUGAAGAUCACAUGAUCUGCAAAGGCCUGUCACUCUGCAUUGCCUACUCCUCAUCCAUCGGUGGUCUGACAACCCUGCCAGGAACUUCAGCCAAUCUCAUUUUCGCUGAGUACAUCCACCAGUAUUACCCAGAAUGCAAAAUCAUCAAUUUUGGGAACUGGUUUGUGCUUUGUCUUCCCAUUUGCAUAAUUAUGCUGAUUUUGUCGUGGAUAUUCCUGCACUGGAUGUUCCUAGGAACCAACUUUCGUGCCAGUCUCUGCUCCAGGAAGCAGACUGAUAAAGAAAGAAGGACUGCCAAGUUGCUUGAGGAUCAGUACAACUCACUUGGACCUAUAAGCUGGCAGGAGAUCAUCAUCUUGGUUAUCUUCAUUCUGAUGGCAGUUUUGUGGUUUGCGAGAGAGCCGGGUUUCAUGCCCGGCUGGUCAUCGCUUUUCGCAGAGUACAGAGGCUACGCUACGGAUGCCACUGCAGCACUACUUCUGGGAUUCAUGUUCUUCAUCAUCCCCGGUCACAAACCAAAUGCAAAUCGCUAUGAGGCCUUGAUAACAUGGAAGGAAUUCCAGGCUUGUAUGCCAUGGGAGAUCUGUCUGCUCGUGGGUGGGGGUUUCGCUUUGGCUGAAGGCACAAAGAUUUCUGGUUUGUCGUCUUGGGUAGCUGAAUUGCUGACUCCCCUGGGAAAUCUCCCUCCUUUAGCCACGGUCACCAUCGCCUGCCUUAUUGUCACCUCUAUCACGGAGGUGGCCAGCAAUGCUGCCACAAUCACAAUCUUUUUGCCUAUACUGGCCCCGCUGGCGGAGGCGAUUGGGGUGAACCCUCUGUACAUGCUGGUUCCCACAGCUCUCUGUGUGUCUUUCUCCUUCCUGCUGCCUGUUUCCAAUCCUCCUAAUGCCAUUGUCUUCACAUAUGGCCAUCUCACAAGUAUGGAUAUGGUGAAGGCAGGCCUGGGUGUCAACGUUAUAGGCAUUCUUACGGUCCUGUUGGCUCUUACAACAUGGGGAACUCCUCUGCUUAACUUGGACACCUAUCCAGAAUGGGCACCGGUGGCAAACAUCACUGGAGUAUGACCAUUGUGACAAUUAGAAAUAUGAAAAUGUUUUCAGUUUUAAAAUGAAACAGAAUGCCUUGUAGUCAGAGUUCUUGACUAUACACAGUCUCAUGGCACGCUGUUGUUUGACAUCCUGAUGUUGGACUUCUUGUUCACUCGGCCAAAAUGAUGGCCUCACACAGUCCAACAGACAGCUUCUAGAGGUUUGAGGUUGCAGGAGAUGUUCUAUUUGAACGUCAUUGUUUAUUUUUUGUAUUAUAUACUUUUUUUAAAGAAAAGCAUUUACGAUAAGUUUGUGAAUGUUAAUAUUCAAAGAGAGUUGCUAUAAACUGUUUUGCACUUUUUAUAUGCAUACUGCAUAUCGUCACAUUGGAAUUAUAGAGUUCUAUCAGAUAUUUAGGUCAAAAUUCAGUUAUUCACAUAUUCUUAUGCUGUGACAAGCUAUUUAGAUUAUGUGAUGUUUUUUCCUUUAUGUUGUGUACAAGACUUCUUUAGAAAGCAAAAAGGUUUGAUACAACAUCUUAGGCAAUACAAAAACUUUGAAGCUCUAUAUCUUAAAGUUGCUUAGAAUGAAGAUACCAUAUAAUUUCAAAGUGGCAACAUAACUUACUUUGCAUAUGUAUAUUUUAAUUUAGUACUUUCUGCAUGUAUACUGAUAAGUAAACAGAAUAUAUGUAGAAUGCUGAAAUUACACAGAUUGAAGUUAACAUACUGUAAAUACAGACUUUGAUGGUGACACUCCCCCUAGUGGCCAAUAAUAACUAUUGAUUUUAGGUUAGUUAGCGUUUACCUUUAGUGGCUCAAUGGCUGGUUCCGGUUUUUUAAAGGAGUAGUUCACCUUCAAAUAGACAUUUCUGUCAUAAUGUACUUAACCUAUUUUCAUUUACAACCUGUAUGACUUUCUUUCUUCCGCUUUAUUCACUUGCAUUGGUUACAAUAGAUAGAAUAGCUGUGCUGUUCUGUUACCAACAUUUUUCAAAAUAUCUUCUUUUGUGUUCUGCAGAAGAAAGAAAGUCAAACAGGUUUGAAAUGGCAAAAAGGUUCAGUAAAUAAUGAAUUUUCAAUCUGAAGGUGAAUUUCUCCUUUAACGAGAGCUCUCCAACUAUAAAGCUCAAAUAACAAAGACAUACAUUUUUUAUUUUAAAAUAUACUUUUCUUCUCAGAGUUUCAUUGAAACUCAUCUCAGACAGGAAUAUAUUGUAAAUAGCAAAGUAACUUUAAUUUUGGAUAUAAUAUGUAAUGAAGGGUCCUUGUAAGAAGUUUUUCUUUGAUUAUAAAGUGUAAUAUAUAAAUAUCAUGGAUAACUUAAAAAUAAACUAUUUUUCUCAUUGACAUGAAGCCACAAUAUGAAGAUGAGUCAACGCUGUAUGUACCCCAAGAGGAAAUGGUUGUGACAGUGUAUAGCCUACUUUACAUACCCUUUUUGAUGAAAUAAUAGAGGGUCACAAUAUACAGUCUAUAAAAGAUGUUUAAUCUAUUAAUGUGCGUUUUUCAAAAGACGGGUGUCUACGUCCAGUGUACCCUGAUGAAUGAUGAGAACUAAUUCACUAAACCUCCCACUUUAUAAAAAUGCAUGCUCACACCCUGAAGUCUUUCCACUUCAAGCUCACUGUUCAGUUGUGUCUGAGUCAAUUGUAUAUUAUCUGACUGUAUUAUAUGCGCAAAGAUAUGAUAAUAUAUUUGAUUUAAUUUCCUUCUGCCAAUGUAAAUCUAUUCUAUCUGUAAGUUUCCUUCGCGCCAGGGGAGAAAAGAGUAGGAACUGCAUUAUAAAGCGAACUUUCUCAAUAUGAAUACAGUUAAAAAUAGCAAAAUAACGUGACUAUAAAAAGCA